AUGCCGCGGCUUCAACCCGUUCAGACCGCCAGUCGAGAAAACUCCAUCUGGAAAUGGCUGUCCGAAGAGACCUUCCGCCGACAUGUGGUAUCACUGUCUAAGAAGUCCCACCAAGUUCCUAUCAAUCCAACACUCUGGCUCCCUUCGACGGACGAUACUCAUUACCACGAGACUUGGAGCGGUCUCCGACACCUUUCCAUCGAAAUGGAAAAGAGGCUCGCAGAUGACGUGGCAUAUAUACUCGCUGCAAAGGAAGGCGUAGGCAGCGUUACUGCGGUGUGUGUCGAAGAAGAGCAGGAGGUAGAAGGUCUCCUUCUUCGCAUUUCAGCCAACGAAGGGGUAAACCAGGACGUCCGGGCUGGUCUUGGUCAUGUAUGUGAGCUGUUGAUGUCUUGUGCGAAGAAUGAAAUCGCACGAACACAAUGCAUCUCGGAAGUCUCAGAGGUGGUCCUCAACCUCUGUCACGAUCGAAUCCAAGACCGCAUGCACUUCUUUCUUACAGGGAUCCCUUCUUUCAGACGGGGGAACAGUUUGACGCUCAUCAAUUCGAAUGGUGUAAACAAUGCCUUUGAAAACUUACACCGGGAUGCUCGGAGUCCAGCUGGCAAAGAGCUUAGCAGAAAACUGUCCGGCCUUGGGAAAGAUUUCGAAGUUUUUCUGCGCAAUUCUCACAGUCUGUCUCGGGUGGAUCAGAUACGCGAAUUACAAAUCAUUGUUAAGAAAUGCUUCUCCAUCACUACGAGUGAUGGAAAGAUGUCAUUCUGGGACGCUCUUUCUUCUGCAGGAAUUAGCCCUGGGAAAUGGUUCAACAACAAAUUCAUCAUGCAGAUUGAUAAACUAGCUGCCUACCACAGGAUACCAAUCACCAUGGCGAACGACGUUCGCAAGAGAAGUUCACGAGCUCUAUUUGCAAACAUUACACCGUUCUAUAUCGAGCCAUACGGAUGUAAGUCGACAACAAUAUCUACAGAAGGAAAACGUGUUGCCUGUCAUGUACAUGCAGAGGUACAAAUGAUCACACAUUACCUGAAGUCACCGCCACGCAUUCCACCCAGGUUCAUCGGCACAAGUAAAGCUGCUUGCUUCCUAUGCCUUCUGUUCAUCCAGUCACACGGGCUAAUGAAGGUAUCGGCCAUUCACGGCCGGCUUUAUGACCAAUGGACCAUUCCGGAUCUGGCCGACUACAGUCCAGAAGCCAUCACGACACUCAGGAAUGUCAUCAAACGUAUGAACCAUGAAUGUAGGCGUCUCAUCAAAGAGAGCCACCACGUACGUGAUUUUCCGCUGACCAGUAGACAAAAUCUCCGAGAGCUUCCUCAGUAUUCGCCGGUAUCCUCAGUCAUGUCUCGGCCGAUAGCGGCUAUGAGUGAAGCACCGAGCGGUCGCAUUGGUGUUGUAGAUGGUGAUGAUUAUCAGACGCCGUCUGAACCUACUUCCCCAGCUCUCAUAUCAGUCUCGCAGCCACCAUGUUUGGAUGAGCAAGAAACGGAGUCGGUCGUGAGCCAGGCAUUGUCCCAAGCUCUUGUUGGAAGGUUCCACGUCAAUUCUGACGUAGCAGGCGAUAGCAAUAUGGAUCAGAAUGUCAACGAGCGAGAGGUCAGCGAAAUAACCAACAACGUGUCGGAACCAUUGUUCCCACUGCCGCCGGCAACGAUACGUGAAGUGCAGGUCCAACCAGAUAACCCACAGUACAUUGACAGUAUGCCUGGUGUUGAUAUCACUGUGGAAAUCGAGAGUCCGUCAGUCGGCAUGGUCACCUUUGAAAAGGUUGCAGUGGGUGGAAUCGAGCAUGUGGUCAAUCUGGUCAACAUCGAGGAUUUGAAAUUGGGAGAUGAAUUGCGUUUCGAGAGGCCUGAAGAUCAGGAUCAAGUUGCUUUGCGUAUCAGCAAGAGGAAGAGCGAAGAGUUAUGGGUCUUGCGAUUGCGAUGGAUAUGA